AAUCUCGAAAUAUAACACUAUAGUCUGUUGUACCUUGAUACACUGCCAAUCAAGCGACACGGUAGUAUCACAAAGAAGUUGAAGUCAAAUUUAACUUCAAGAUAUAAAAACUGGCGACUCGAAUCGCAUCAGAAUACAUAGGAGCUUUUAAAUAUAUGAACAUCUUUACAAGUUCGUCUUGAACAUUUCACUUGGAUAUUUCAGCAUUUAAUUAUUUAAUAAAAUAAGUAAUAUACAUAUGUUUUAAAUUGCAAAAAUUAACUAAAAACUAAAUUUUAUAUGACUAAAAACAAUAUUUUAUAUGAAAAGAUAUUAGCAGAAGAAUAAACAUUAUUUUUUCCAUUUGAAAGAAGAAGUGUUCCAAUUACUUGACAAUUUCAAUUAACUUUUCUUCUUUUAUGAUUUUAUGUAAUUAAUACUAGAUGAACAUUUUCUUAUGUUUUUUUUCUCUAUGUCCUGUAUUCCUAUAUAAGAGCUGAUUUUUAAACUCUGUUUUAUAAUAAUAUUACACUCACCGUAUCUGAAAAUUUUUAUAUACUUGGUAUUUUCUUUUUCUUUUACCUUUUUAUAGAAUAUUCACAAAAAAUCAUUUGUAAAGUAUACAUACAGUAUAUAUAAAAAAAAAUCACAAAUAUGGCUGAACAAGUAAAUAUACUGUUUGUCGCUCGCGUCUACUUCGCGACAGACGAAAACUAAAUAUUCCCAGAGCCCUAACUGUACAUAAAAAAAUACAAAUCGUCGUAACGAGCGAGAGGCCGCGAUCAAAAGAUUCCAGUUUACUCUAGAAACUUGGCUAAUCCGAGCUAGCGCAAGAUUAAGGCAGAUUAAUGAGUGAUUAAUGCUGUCGACGAUAAGAAAGGAAUAGCGUGCCAAAAAUCUCACGAUACCAUCGACGCAAUCAGUGGAAAAAACAGCAGAGAAAUAACAAAACAAAUAAGAUUUAUCGUGACAUUAAUAAAUCGCAUGGCAACAUCAUCAAAGGACAGGUUGCUAGCGAACGAAUAUUAUGAUAGAAAUGUACUGGCAAUUACAGGUCCAAUCACGUGCUUGACUUUGUACUGGAAUUAACGUUCCGCGCAAGUACAGCCAUACAGUCUUACUUAUAUGUUUCGACUUUGUAUUGAAUUAUAUAUUCCGCGCAAACACAGCAAACACUAAACUAUUCACGGGACAGAAACGGCAAUAAAAUUUCAUAAAUUGAAGUUUUCACGUGUGUUCGUGUACAAAUCUUAUGUUUUAGCAUCCGUAAUUACUUGUGACAUGUAUCUAUUGCCCCAGCUACCAAAACAUCCUUUAUUACGACCAACUCUUAGCAGCAAAAGUAAAAAUGCCGUCGCAACACGCUAUGAUUUGCUAAAUUGGUGCCAAGUUGGUAAGAUCGAAAAGUUACACGUAUAUCCGCUGCUUGCGGGUCACGAAAUAUAUUGUCCAAAAUGCAGUUUCACCGAAACAGGCAUGACAGGAAUGUUCAACGAUACCAAAUAUUCAAGCCACAUGUUCGUAAUAUACGAUUGCAAGACCAAUUACAUCAUCCAUAACAACGCAAUGAUAGCCAAUAUGUCGAUAAAAUAUUUGGGCAAGUAUAAAGUGCGAAUAAGGUCGUAUUAUGAGAGGGAUUUAAUAAUAGAAACAAAUAAAGUUAUAAUAACGGGAGAAAAAGUCACAUGCACCACAUCAUUCUGCCAAAAAGUUGUAACUGAAAUAAAAUGUAAGGAUUGCGGACCAGAAGCCGCUACAUGGAUUUCCAAAUGUAUAAAAGACGAUGAUGCUCGUUUAGCAUGUACGAUGACUAUAUACGAUAAUUAUUCCAAGACAUCAUCUCAGAAAAAAUACCAACAGUUACCUAGCUGGCAAUCAGAUAACAGAAAUAUUACGACACCUUCUGCAUCUUCACCUUUUUACACCUUGAUACCGUGUCCAUUGCGCAACCAGUUUAACUUCAAUGUGAUUAGAGCUAUCGAAAGACGAAUAUUUAAGCCGCAUAUAUAUGUUAAGACUAGUCAUAUUCACGAUAUACACGAAUGGAAUUGGAUAAUGAUUGGGAAUGUAAUCCUGAGGAAUAUUAAACAGCUUCCAAGAUCGAGAAGGAAAAUUAAUUGGCAGGAGAUGCCAGUGCAAAAGUUCAGGCGUUUCCUACCAUUACAGUACGAGCUGACGAUUCCUGGACAAGCAGAUGUGGGCGAUUACGUGUACAUCAAGAAAUCUAAUACAAAAAUAACGAAUAGAAAAAUAAUUAUCCAUACAACUGCAAAACCAAUUGCAUCAUCAAAGCUAUCGACAACAUCAAGAUACGCGAUAUUGAAGCAACAUAUUUGGACAACGCCAAUGUGUCUAGGCGACAAGGAUGCUCGAUUAGCAUAUCAUGCGCUAGAGAAACCCAAGCCUAAAACUCCAUACUGGAAACUCUGUCAGAGAUUACAUAGCGCACAACAAGAUGAAAAGUUUUAUGGGGCAGAAUUAGAUGAGAGAUUUUAUGAGAAAGAAAUAAGAAAGCAAUUUAAAUUAACAGUUAUAUUGAUAAGCCGUGUAAGAGCCACAAUUAUGAACUUGUAUAAAUUGCUCACGUAUCUCGCAUUUUUCAAGAAGCAGAAAUUCCAAUCAAAUGUAAAUAUAAAUUUCUCGCUGACAUUGUGGGAACACAUUCAGGGUUUGAUAUGUAAAUUUGCUUGUGUCAUAAACCAACUGAUAUCGACCUCUGAUUAUGAAUCAAUUUUUACCAUCAAACGUAGAAAUGUGCGACGUGAAACAAAUUGGCACAAAGUUGGUGAUGUCAUCAACUUAUACACAUAUCCACUCUUCGCAGCUAGUGAGGAAGAAAUUUCAAAAUGCAGCCUUAAUCAUUCCGGCCUGAUUGGAAUUAAUGACGAUUCUGAACUCCGAAAUCACAUGUUCAUAGUAUACAACAGUGAAACCAAAUAUAUCAUUCACGACUGCGACAACUACAUAUUGCGCGACAUAAAGGUAAUCAAUGUGGAUAACAACAAGGUGAUACUACAGUCUUUCCACACACAUUAUGUCAUGCUAUUAGACAUAAAUAAAAUCUCGAUAAAAAACUCCGUAAAAUGCGUGACAACGUUCUGCAAUCAAUUCCUAACUUACAUAAAUUGUAUCGAUUGCGGAUUAGAAGCAGCUGAUUGGAUUUCCAAUUCCCUAAAGGACAGCAAUCUUCGUUUAGGAUAUACUAUACCAUGCAAACAGACCAUGCAAACACCACUUUGGAAGCAUAUUCAGCAGAAAAUUUGUGGAAAGAAACAGGAUGAGAAAAUUGUUACGCUGUCUUCAUCACAUUUACCAAUUUGUACAUUAGUACCGUCCUCAUUGCGCGGAUGGAUAGGCAACAGACUAAUGAAUCUUAUAAAUUCACGAGACUUUCGACCAAAUAUCGUUAUUUCAACUAAUAGUUUGCAUGAUUUAAUUGAAUGGGAAUGGAUCAUGGUUGGCAACGCAGUCCUGAGAAAUUUCAGACCAUGGAGAAGUCGGCAAACAAAGCUUGAUGGGCGAAACAUGCCUGUGAACAUGAUGUUACAUUUGCUACCAUUGCGAUGUAAGCUGUAUUGUUCUGGACAAGUGCGAAUAGGCGAUGGAGUGUACGUGAAGAUGCCCACAAAGGAAAACUGAGUAGCAGAAGGAGUUUUUCUACUAUUCUACUAUUUUUAUACUAUUUAGAAAUACUGGAGAAAUACUGGAUUGUGUUUUAAAUAUUUAGAACUUCGUAAUUUUAUGUCCUUUAUAUUUCAUUGAUAUCAUCUAGGAAUCCCGAAUAUUCGGAUACCUAAUUAUUCAAUCUGAAAUCGAUUUGGACUUGAAAAUUAAAAUCUACACUAAUCAAAUAAUUCGAAUAAUAAAAAUUAUUA